AUGAACCACGGUCAGUGUGUUCUUCCUCUAGCUAUGCGAACAACUCUGGUCCUAGUUGCCAUCCUUGUGGCAGCCCUGCCAGCGGCGCAGGGGGAGGACAGCGAUCUCGGCUCACUCAAGGUCUUCCCUCGGGUCUUCGACAAGUGCAGUGGAGACCCUGACAUGUUCUCCUGUCUCAAGUUGAAGGCUGUCACCCUCCUGGAUCGUGCUCUAACACUAGAUUCGCUGCCGGUCUCAGAAUAUCUGUCGAUCACCAGGGAUCCGAGCGCGAAGGUAGAUCAAUCAGUGUUCCAAAGGAAAGAGGACCUGGAAGCUUCCCUUCCUAGGGAUCUAGGACAGAAGAGCUCCAUACUGGACAGGAUGUUACAAGAUCGCCUCAGCAAGUAUCUGGAAACUAGGACUAUCCAGCUGAACAUUCCAAAGGAUGUCUUUGAAGGCCGAGAGAAGGGGUUUAAGGGAUACAAGAGCAAGGACAAGGGAGGCGGUGUGUUCCUGGUGUUCGGAGCAUUCUUCGCCAUGAUGCUGCAGCUUGCUCUGGGCAAGAUCGCGCUGAUAGCAGGCAAGGCGCUGCUGGUAGGCAAGGUGGCACUGCUGCUAGCAGGUAUCCUGGGUCUUAGGAGUCUGCUGCAUCAUGGCCACGGCGAAUCUCAUUCAUCUCAGGUGAUUUACGCGGAACCAGAACACCACGGUGGGUGGGGACGCAGUUUGGGGACCAAGGCAGGGGAUCCCCAGGAGAUCGUCUACAGAGGACAACGACCUAGCCUCCCUCUCCCUUCCCGCGGAUCUUCCUUAAAUACUAUGUCCGGUGGGUGCCGGACACCAGUGCUCCCGAUCCUCCAGCUCGACAUGUAUCUGUCCCUUAGGUUGCUGAUGGUGUGCGCAUGUGUGGCGCUCGCGCACGCGGGGGAGGACGCCUCCACAACGGCUGCUGUGCUGCAGGGGGCGCGCUCCGUCUACAAGACCUACAAACAGUGCGAGGCCCAGGCCAGUGUCGUGGGCUGUCUGAAGUUGCGCGCCCUUCGACUGAUAGAGCGAGCAAUCUAUCUGGAAAACAUACCCGUGGCUGACGGGGUAAGCCUGGUUAGCAGACCCGACACGCAACGUUCCCUCAACGACAUCCCGGUGGAUGAGAACUCCUUACCGCAAGAGGUCGAUCUGAGGGACAAGCGCAUCGACUCACUCCUAUGGGAGAAGAUCGGAACAUUCUUCCAGACCCACUCCGUGCAGCUCCAGGUUCCCAAGCUGGUCGAGGAGUCUAAGGCACUGCUUGAGAAUGAAAUUGAUGACGAAGAACAAGAGGGAAGAGGCAAGAAGAAGAAGUACGCUGGCCCUCUGCUGGUUGGACUGAUGAUGAAGGGUUUCAUGGUCGCUCUAGCGUACAAGGCUCUGGCACUACUGGCAGGAAAGGCCCUUAUAGUCAGCAAACUAGCCCUUGUGUUAGCCGGUAUAGUCGCCCUCAAGAAGCUGUUCAGCGGGGGAGAACAGAAGACCACCUACGAGAUUGUGAAACAGCCCGUGGUGAGCCACGCCCACCAGUACACCAGCAGCCACGAGUUCGCGGGUGGUCACGGGGGCGACUGGGCGAGCUCCGGCAGCGGAGGCUACGGUAGAAGCCUGGAAGCUCAGACUCAGGCCCAGGCCCAGGAGAGGAUGGACCUCGCUCCAGCGGUACAUGGACGUGCCAUGGGGGACACCGUGCCUUACCCACACCUCAUGGCAUAUCGCGCACAACUUCCCAAGUACCUUCAGCAAACGCAAACUGCUCAGUAGGAUAAUUAGUGAACGAGUAGCUAGGUAUUAAUUUAUUUCACUGUUGUAAUUUAUUUCUGUUUAUAAUAAACGUUGCAUAGAUGGAGAA